AUGAAGGAAAAUCUGACAGGGGCGCCUCCUGCAUCGUGUGGCCUUCACUGGUGCUUCAUUGGAAAUGAGACGCUGAGGUUUAUUUCUGGCUCGAUCGAAGCUUUGUGCCUACAAACGACGUCUGUUUGUUUAGUCGUGAGAUCCUUGUUGUUCGACAGGUGGUGCUCAGCUACCAAAACUACAAGUUUUGAUGCUCUGCGUGAGUUAGUCCUGCUCGAAGAUUUCAAGAACUGUCUUCCUGAGCGUAUACUCAUCUAUCUAAAUGAGCAGAGAGUAUGUACGCUCCAGCAGGCUGCCAUUUCCGCAGAUGAGUUUGCCCUGACUCAUAAAUCCGUCUUCAAACGUGAUCAUGUGUCAACCACCAAUCAAGACGAAGAGCCUGUGCAGCCAGAGUUAUCCACCAGUCCGAAAUCAAGUAGGCCGAAGCAAUGCUUCUACUGUCAUAAGACUGGUCACCUGAUUUCAGAUUGUGAUGUGCUCCGUCGAUGCAGGUCGACCGAGCCAAAACCCAAAGGUGUUGCUCUGGUUAAAACUUGCCCAGCUGGUCCCACUGCCGUGUCUCCUCUGCCUGCCACUUCUCCUGAUGAGUGCUUCAAGCCAUUCAUCUUUGAAGCAUUCGUUUCAGUCCCAGGAGAAUCCAAGCUUCCAGUCAGAGUCCUGCGUGACACAGGUGGUUCGCAGUCAUUCAUUCUCUCUGGUGUCCUGCCUCUCGGCCAUAAGACGGACUGUAAAGCGAGCACGGUAGUGAGAGGUAUUGGGCUGGACUGCGUGCCAGCCCCUCUGCAUAACAUCCACUUCGAAUCUGACCUGGUGAGUGGAGUGUUUCCGGUGGCUGUAAGGGACCGGUUUCCGAUUGAUGGAGUGGAUGUCAUUUUAGGAAAUGACAUUGCUGAUGGGAAGGUCUAUCCUUCUCCUGAGGUGGGCUCCCAGCCAAUCGUUGGUCCACAUGAUGAUCUGGCUAGUCAACAUCCUGAUGUUUCCUCCGUGAGUGUCCUGUCUCGAGCACAGGCUAAGAAAGUGACUCAGGAGAGUGUUGUUGACUUGGGUGACCCUGUCUGUGGUCCCGUUUUCCCCGGGGAUUGUGUGCCCCCUUCUGGUCUCGUGGAAAAUGGUGUCAAAGUGAAGCCCAAAGCUGAAAAACCGGAGGGUGUUCCUGUUGUUCCCCCACCUCUAACUCGUGGCCCCCUGAAGGAGUUAAAGGGCCGAUUUUUGUCUUCGAGUCUGUCUGGAGGUGGUGCACCGGACUUUGUUUCAAAGCGUAGGAAACGGCGGCAGCAGGGCACCGUAUUAGCUCGGAAGGCGCUGUCUUCUUCCCAAGCUAAGAAGAAGCGAUUUGAUGGAAAAGCCGCCAUGAACCUGGACAACCGCCGGACCAAGCAGAGGAUUGGUGCGUCGGGUGCUGCGCCUGGUGUCCCGUCCCAGUGGUGGUUCCUGGUGUCUGGCUGCCUCAGCAGCAUCAUGACCUGCCUCAAGAUUCAGUUUGUUCAUGACCACAAGGCAGAGCUGGUGAAGAUCUGGAUCACAGACAAAUCGGACUUCAGUGAGUGGCUGUGUGCCAUCGGCCUCCCUCAGUACCACAAGAAACUGUCUGAGAACGGCUACGACUCCAUCAGCAUCGUCAAAGACCUGACCUGGGAGGACCUGCAGGAGAUCGGAAUCACCAAGCUGGGACAUCAGAAGAAGCUGAUGUUGGCGGUGAAGAAGCUGAGUGACAUCCAGAGAGCCAUCCUUCAGGCCGAAUCAGGCCAGGGGACCCUGCGCCGCAGAGCUCCCGCCGCCCUCCACCUGGUCGCCAUCGAGCAGUCAGACGCCAGCGGCGAGUGCUCCUCGCCACUCACCCCCAAGAUGCUGACUUUCCAAGACAGCGAUCUGAGCGCCGAGCUGCAGACGGCCAUGUCCGGCCACGACGGCGGCUGCGAGGACGGCUUGGCCAUCAAGAACGUGGUCAGGAUGUCCCAAAGCCAAGAGAGCAUCGACGCCCGGUCCAGAGGGUCUGGACGCUCGCAAGAACCGCCCACGGCCUCCAUCACCCCUCACAGCUGGUCCCAGGAGAGCCUGGAGGGCAGCCCGGCCAGGGAGAGGAACCUCCCUGAAGGCUGGGACCAGAGCAGGGCCAAACAGGUGCCUCUGGGUACAGCGACGGUGUUCAAGUACCCAGCAAUCCCCGCCAAGCCCAAACUGCCCGGACAUCCCGGGACGCCUCCUCACGGCUCGCCGGUGCUGAAAGGUUUCAGCUACCUGCACUCUCACUGCGGCUCCGCCGACCCCAACUCAUCCCCCCGCCACGAGAACCACUCCACAACCCUGGCCCCGCCCACAAAACGCUCGCAGACCCGUUACGCCCUGUCGGACGGGGAGCCGGAUGAGGACGACGAAGAGCCCAGCGUUUCCUCGGGGAACGUCCCGUCCUACGCCACCCUGACCCGCAAACCGGGCUGUGGCCAGCUGGCCCGGCUACAGUCCAGCCCGGAGAAGAACGUGGGGCGCAGCCAGUCGUUUGCAGUGCGUGCCAGGAAAAAGGGUCCGCCGCCGCCACCCCCCAAAAGACUGAGCUCGGUGAGCAGCACCACCAGCGGAGAGCUGAGCGACAGCAGCUCCACGUCCUCCGGCGGCGUGGUCACCGACAGCCCGGGCAGCGUGAGGAGCAUCGCAGCCUCUCUGGAGGGCGGCGCCGAGGGGAAGAACCAACCGGGGUCGAAACCCAAAGCCGCUCAACCGGAGUCGCCGCCGCUGCCUCUCACUUCCACGGAGUCUCACGAGGCUGCGGUCGCAAGAAAGAAGGUUCAGAGCGAAUACGUCAACGGUCGGAGCGGCAGCAGCACCGAGCUGGACCGAGGGGUGAAGUCUGACUCGGAGGAGGAGGAAUCUAAAGGCGGUGGACUGGACGGGUCCUCGUCCCCUCAGAACAGCUCCAGCGAGUGCAUCCCCUUCGCCGAGGAGGGCAACCUGACCAUCAAGCAGAGGCCCAAGGCCCCGGGUCCGCCGAGGGCCGAGGCCGUGCUGGAGCCUCCGGACAAAGCCAAGAACUCAGGCGUGCCCGAGUUCAAUCUGAAGGAGUCGGACACGGUGAAGCGCAGACACAAGCCCAAAGACAAGGAGGGCUCCCCCUGCAGGGAGGGAGCAGAGUCCCAGUCUCCCCGGACCAGCCGGCCGUCGUCUCUGAACCACGACGCGGCCGGUCUGAGGGUCAGCGAGGCGGCUCUGGAGAGGCCGGCCAGUCCGGCUACAGGGUCGCCCGUCAGACCUCCUCUCUCCCCAAAGCCUCCGGCUGUCGCCCCAAAGCCAGUCCGCCACAGUCUGCUGGCUGCGCAGGGGCUGUCCUCUCCCACCGUGACCGUCAGCGUGGUUCAGAGCGUGGCCUUCGGCUCUCAGUCUCCGCCCGCCCAUUGCCCCUCGCCUCACCCCCAGCGACCCCGCCCCCCCCGGCCGCUCGCAGCCCCUCCCUCUCAGCGCACCGGACUCAGGCGUCCACGAUGGGUCCCCCCUCCAACUCCUCCUCCUCCGGAGUCGUCUUGUGACACCGAGGUGGUUCAGCAGAGACUGGAUCAGACCAGCACUUCUCUGGCAGCAGCCCUGAAGGCCGUGGAGACCAAACUGAACCAGCAGGAUCCCUCUGAGGGCAGAGCGAGCUCAGUGAAGUCCGCCGGAACCAUCCUGGACGACAUCGGCAACAUGUUCGACGACCUGGCCGACCAGCUGGACGCCAUGUUGGACUGAAGCCACACAACGCUAUUCAUGCUCAGGAAGUGAACGAGAAAGAGUCCGACAGUCUCUGAAUCCUUUUUCACGUUUGUUCGGCAC